CGCGGCUGGAGCGGGGUGGGGGGCUGAGGGGUGCGGGCGCCCGGAGCGCAGGCCGAUCCCCCGCCGCCCCGGGAGCCAUGUGCUCCGACUCGGGUCUGGGCCGCGGGGGAGGCUGCGCGCUUUGUGUGAACUGCUGGGAAUGCAGCGUGAGUGCUCGGCCCGGGGGAGUGUCGGGCCGAGCGGGGGGAGUUGUCAGAAAGUUGGUGCGGGAGUGGUUGCAGGUCGGCGUCGUGGAGUUGUGUAGGAGGGUGCCCCGGGUGUCGUGUCGAGAGGGUGCUGCCGCGGGGCCAGUUAGGGCUUGCCUGAGGUCCAGCCUAGCCCCUAGACACCAUGUCAGACAGUGACCUGGGUGAGGAUGAAGGCCUCCUCUCCCUGGCAGGCAAGAGGAAGCGCAGAGGGAACCUGCCCAAGGAGUCGGUGAAGAUCCUCCGGGACUGGCUGUACUUGCACCGCUACAACGCCUACCCCUCAGAGCAGGAGAAGCUGAGCCUUUCUGGACAGACCAACCUGUCGGUGCUGCAGAUUUGUAACUGGUUCAUCAACGCCCGGCGGCGGCUUCUCCCAGACAUGCUUCGGAAGGACGGCAAAGACCCCAACCAGUACACCAUUUCCCGCCGGGGGGGUAAGGCCUCCGAUGUGGCCCUCCCCCGAGGCAGCAGCCCCUCAGUGCUGGCUGUGUCCGUACCAGCUCCCACCAAUGUGCUCUCCUUGUCCGUGUGCUCCAUGCCGCUCCACUCAGGCCAGGGAGAAAAGCCAGCAGCCACCUUCCCACAAGGGGAGCUGGAGCCCCCCAAGCCCCUGGUGACCCCUGGGAGCACACUCACCCUGCUGACCAGGGCUGAAGCUGGAAGCCCCACGGGUGGACUCUUCAACACACCACCGCCCACACCCCCAGAGCAGGACAAGGAGGACUUCAGCAGCUUCCAGCUGCUGGUGGAGGUGGCGCUCCAGAGGGCUGCCGAGAUGGAGCUCCAGAAGCAGCAGGACCCGUCGCCCCCGUUGCUGCACACUCCCAUUUCCUUAGUCUCUGAAAACUCCAAAUAGGCAUCUGCUAACAGGGGUGCUCGAGGCUCGAGCCAGCUGUCCUGGGUUUCCAUUUUGGUUCCCCUUCCUACAGAGGGUUUUCUUCGGAUCACUGCCAGACAUCGGGAUCAUCUCCUCUGUCCAGAGGUCUUUAGCAGGAAGAUGCCAGCCGGUGUCCCUGCACCGUGAUGGGACCUCUCCUCUGCUGACUCUGCCGUUCCUCCAGGCCUCCUCAGUGAUGAGACCGAGAGCUUGGAGACAGGCGUGGUGCUGCUGCUGCUGCUGCUUCAGAGAAUCCCUGGGACACCUGUGUCCCAGCUUGCUCUCCUGGGCUGGGCACAGGAAACCUGCCAAGUUCACACCUGCACUGGGUCCAAGUUGCCCCUGACAGGGCCUCUUUUUGUUAAGCCAAGUGUGGGCAUUCCAGGUUCAUAAGUGCGAAUGAAAGAAAAGAGGAACCCAGCAGAUGCAACAGAACCGACUCCAGUUGAAUGUUUAGGUUUUCGCUAAACUUUGUGUUUAUUUUUCCCUCUUUGCUGUGGUUUGCAUUAACAGGCGUAGGUAGCCCAGGUGUGGAGAAUGAAAAUGCAUUGCGUGAUGGAGUCUGAUGAACUGGGAACAAUCCACCACUGCAACUGGUGAUUGUUUUACAAGGAAGGAGUAUUUUCAUUUGGGGGACCAGCUAAAUCUCUGCAGAAUUCCAGAUGGUUGUUUUCUUGUUGGUUUGGUUUACAAAAAAACAACAACAACAACAACAAAAGACAGAAAAAACUUACGGGCUUUGGCUUUUCUACAUCAUGCACAGAAGGGCAUAAAGCCACAGCCAGACAGAGGGUCCAACCAAGAAUCUGACCAAACCUAGGUGUGGAGCAGAGAAGGAUGAUAAAAACAGAGGGGUGUGGGUGUUUUUGUUUUUGUUUUCUUUCUUUCUUUUUUUUUUUUUGGCUUGUUUGUUUUGUUUUUACUGUAUUGUUGGGGGUAGGGGUAGGGAAAGGAAGCUAGACUGAGGCAGUGGGGUGGUUGGUUUGUUCUUUUUUUUUUCCCCUCUUUAAUGGUUUCCCCUUCUUUAUCCUUGAAAGCUUCACCCCACGGCCUGAGUUUUGAAUUCCUUCUAGGAAACUUGCAUUAGUGGGGCCAGAAUAGCAAAAGCUCCCUGUAGCUCCUGCUUGGAGAGAAGUGAGCCAUCUGCUGGUCAGGAAGCCCUUUUAGCUGACCCAGACAGGCGGCUUUUCCCAUGAUGGUGGCCGGAAACUAUUCCUAGAGGAAACGUGGAAUAGUGCCCCCAGCUGCCUGUGGAACUGCCUUGGGAGGAGGCUGGGGCUGGAAAUCAGUUAUGAAGCCUGUCCCUGUGAGUGUCUUUUUGUUGCACCUUUCUUUAAAUUGGAGUUGCAAAAGCCCCUGCCCUGAACUUCACAGUGAAACAGAUCACAAUUAGUCUUAUUCUCCUCCCUCCUCCCCCGCCCCCCCCUUAUUUUUUUUUUUGCUGUUUCAUUGCUGAUAGCAUUCAACAGCAAUAUACCCCAUCUUUCUAGUAUAUCCUAAGAAACACUAAUCCUAGGUUAUUAGCUGAAAUAUUUUUGUUCUGAAUAACAUUGUUACUGGGCCAAAAGACAGGUCGGGAUCCUCAGCCUGUAGUUUCCUGAAGUUGCCAGGUUGGGCACAGGGGGAGAGUUCCUCGGUGUUGGCUGACUUGGGUGGGUCUGGCCGGGAGAAAGGCAGCAAUGUGUGUUCUGUCCUUUCUGGGAUGAUCCCUGAAGAGUUCAGGGAGGCUCCCCAACUUCUAAGAGGCUCGGCCCACCCAUUGCUGUGGGAAUGGGGAUUGGUUAUUUAAGAGAGGGAGCUUUGGGCGAGUUUUCUAGGCUCUCUCUUCUGCCUCCUCCCCUCCCCGUGCCCCCUCCUUGCAUGCCCCGGGGGGAUCAGGGAUCCUCACCCUCCUGAGGCCCAGCUGGGGAAGAAUGAACAUGGCAGCCUCAAGAUUAGUUGAAGCUGCUGCUUCCACCCCACCCCGGCCUCUUCCACCCCACGCGUGUCUGUGAGCCCAGGUCUGGUGUGACUGUUGCAAGACACUUGUAGCAGGGGACUCUGGAAGUAUAUUGGGCUGGGGUGAGAAUUUCCCUUCCCACAGUGCACUGAGCAGUGGAGGGGGUGAGGGGUGAGGGAGCCAUGCUGCUGAAUUCUGGCUGGCAUUCCCCUGUGUGCAAGAUGGGGAGGCUAGGGGUGGGGUGGCCUCUGCUUGGUUUGGUUGUGAGGUAAACCUGGAGGAGAAGCACAGUUAUCCCAUUGAAUUA